CUUCCUCUCAUCUCACGGACCAAUAUUCUUCCUCUCUCUCUCUCUCUCUGAUCCCGUACGUCCUCUUGCUUCCAAAUCCAAUCGGAGAUGGGCCGCCGUUUGUUGUUCAACUUCUUAAUUCUGUGCUGCAGUCUGAUCAUCAUCUUCGUCACCAAUACCAUCACCACCGCCGAAGCUGCAGCUUAUAAUCAAAACAAAUCCACUAUCAAGGCCUUCAUCUUGGCUGGACAAAGUAACAUGGUGGGCCACGGCGGGUUCUUCGAAAGAGACGCGAAACAGUGGGACCAGAGGGUCCCCUCGGAAUGCAGCCCCUCGCCGGCGAUCCUCCGUCUGGACGAGAACAACCUGUGGGUCCGGGCCGAGGAGCCCCUCCACGUUAACCUUUAUCCGUUGAACGAGAACGGUGCGCUGGGGGUUGGCCCGGGCAUGCCCUUUGCCCACAAGCUGCUGCAGCUUAAUCCUGAUCUCGGGAUCAUUGGGCUUAUCCCGUGUGCUCGGGACGAAAGCACUAUCCAAAGCUGGGUCGAAGGGGAGACUAACGGUCGCCUCGUGGAGAGGGCAACAGCGGCAGAGAGGUUCGGAGCUGAGAUUUCGGGCCUCCUGUGGUGGCAGGGAGGUGCCGACGCCAAGAGCCGGAGUGGUGCCGAGGCCUACCACAGCUACCAGUCCAGAUUUUUCGAGCAAGUCCAAGGGCGGUUUGGGGACAUUCCCAUUGUAAUGGUGAUCAUUCCUCCGGGCAAACGGCCCUACUCCGAUGUUGUCCGGGAGGCACAACUGGCGUUCCGGCUGCCGAAUCUCUACAAGGUGGACGAGGAGGCGCUCCAUGUGCCCUUUAACGAAGACAAAAUCCACGUGACCACGGACGGACAGGUGGUGAUGGGUGCUGUACUCGAGGAGACCUUGAUGUGCCGCUGCGACAGAAUGGCCUGAUGAUGAUGUGGUAUGGUGGUUGGUUCUUGCAGUGAAGUCUCUGAACAAAAUAAUAUGAACGAUGUUUGUGUUUUUUCAGUUUGAAGUCUCUGAUAUGAUGUCGUGUUUUCUAGUUUGAAGUCUCUGAUAUGAUGUUGGUGUUUCUAGCUAUAGUUUGAGGUCUCUGAGCAAUGUUAAUGUCCUGAUGAUGCCUUUCUCUUCAUUUCGGCGUAUUAUAUUUUCACUGAUCUGAGGUACCGGCCAGUCCCAUACAUAUAAAAUAUAUAUGUACGGUACCUAGCUAUCGUGUAUAUAUCGUCUCGGGAUCUCUUGAAUUUUCAAUGAGAUAUGAAUCAAUCUCCAGUUAAUAAUGUUCAA